GCAGGACACGAGCAGAGUUAUUGAAUCAGAUUGACACCGAUUUCCCUUUCGAGAUGGAAGACGGCAUUCCGAAAUAUGAGUUUCGUGAGCGUGUGACAGAAAAUUUUUAAGAGAUUAAGUAGUCUUUCGACGUCGUGUCUGUUCUUGUGGUAUGUUGCUGGUCUUGCUCUUCAAAGUUAAAAGGAUGGCACUCGCAAUCUAUCAUCAAAAGGCAUGGGGCAGGAACAACAUCAAAAAACUACAGCUAAGAUAUACAAGAGCUUUGCCGACUGUUGCGGGAAAGGGGGGCUACCUUUGGAGAGGUGGCACUAGGAAGAGGCGCGCUGGAUAUGAUUACGGAUGUGCACACUGCCUAUAGAUACCUAUACCUAUGGAAAUACUUGUUGCUACGUUUUUGCAACGGAAUCGCAGUGCUAUCAUUUCUGGGUGGCCACGAGCUGAUAACGGGAUCUUGAUGACAAAAGAAUACUACAAAAGACGUUUACUACGACUUGAGUUACGCGACGACUCGACAUCGCCCACUUGUAUUGGUUUUGUUGUUAAUAGAGGAAGCUGCCUUGGCUCUUGCCUUCAUUUGGUCUGUACCCCUGCAGGUGUGCUGACUUGCUCAC